AUGGGAAACUCCAGUGAGAGUUUUUCAUUUGUGCUGGCUGCUUAUGGAAAUGUUGGAGCUUUAAAAUACAUGUAUUUUGUAAUGAUAUUGUUCUGGUACCUCUUUAUAUGUGUGGCCAACACAGUCCUCAUUGUGGUCAUACGUGUGGACAGAAGGCUGCAUGAGCCAAUGUAUAUACUGCUUUGUAAUUUAUGUGUGAAUGAAAUAAACAGCAGCACAUCACUCUAUCCUCUUUUGCUCUCACAGAUGUUCUCAGACAUCCAUGGAAUAACCCUGACUUGGUGUUUUCUGCAGAUGUCUUGUAUGUACACAAGUGCUUCUGUUGAGUUUUGCAGUUUAGCAGCCAUGGCCUAUGACAGAUAUAUUGCAAUCUGUCAUCCAUUUAGCUAUAAUGUCAUUAUGAACACAGAGAGAGUGUUUUUGUUGAUUCUGCUUGUGUGGAUUUUUUCAUUCGUUAGUUUUUUACUCUCAUAUUCAUUCAUCUACAGUUUGAAGUUUUGUGGAGAUAUUAUUGAUAAUGUAUAUUGUGACCACCAAUUAAUAAUUAGACUUUCAUGUUCAGUUUCAAUCCAAAGCUCUCUAUCUAUCAUAUUCUUUGUCAUAAUGAGUAUUUUAUUACCAUUCACUCUCAUUUCAGUUUCUUACCUGAAGAUUUUGGCAGUUUGCCGUAAAACAUCCACAGAAAACAAGCAGAAAGCCGUGACUACUUGCACCCCUCAGAUCGUCUCUGUGUCAAACCUGUUUAUUGGGUGCAUUUGUUACUCUAUUGACUUCAGGUUUUUAGUUGCUCAGGUACCAGAUGAAGUCCGUAUAAUUUUGGCUAUAUAUCUCCUCAUUUGUCAACCAAUACUCACCCCAUUUAUGUAUGGAUUUAAUUUGCCAAAGAUAAGGCAAUCCUGUAAAAUGCUUCUGUUUAAGAGAAAAUAA